AUGUCCCAGUCGUUGAAACCCUACCUUACCGCCGUCAGAACUUCGUUGACUGCCGCAAUUUGCUUGGAAGACUUCUCAUCACAGCUAGUGGAGAGACACAACAGGCCGGAGAUCGAGGUCGAUAACUCGCACAACCCUGAACUCAUUUUGAAUCCUGUGAUUAUUGCCAGAAAUGAAAAUGAGAAGAUUUUCAUUGAGCCCUCCAUCAAUUCGGUGAGAGUUUCUAUCAAAAUCAAGCAGGCUGAUGAGAUCGAGCAGAUUCUAGUCCACCAGUUCACACAGUUUUUGACCCAGAGAGCGGAGAACUUCUUCAUUUUAAGAAGGGUGCCAGUGAAAGGCUACGAUAUUUCAUUCUUGAUCACCAACUUCCACACGGAACAAAUGUUGAAGGACAAGUUAGUAGAUUUCAUCAUUGAGUUUAUGGAGGAGGUUGAUAAGGAGAUCAGUGAGAUGAAAUUGUUCUUGAAUGCCAGAGCGAGAGUCAUUGCCGAAGCAUACUUGACUCCAUUUGAUUAG